CCUGUCUCCAGCGCCGUCAGGAAACAGAUCGCGAAUUUUGUCCCUCUUGUUCCUUAUCGCACAAGAAGAUUUUCUUGGACGCGGUUUUGGACAGUGGACACGCUGGACGCGGAGCAGGAUCCACGCAGUAGGCACAAACCGGACACCGUAUUCUUCAUUUGCGGCUUUAACACGAUGGAGCCAGCCUUCGGUGAGGUCAACCAACUCGGCGGGGUUUUCGUGAACGGCAGGCCGCUCCCCAACGCCAUCCGGCUCAGGAUAGUGGAGCUGGCCCAGCUCGGGAUUCGACCCUGUGACAUCAGCAGGCAGUUGCGCGUCUCCCACGGCUGCGUCAGCAAGAUCCUGGCCCGCUACAACGAGACCGGCUCCAUCCUCCCGGGGGCCAUCGGAGGCAGCAAGCCGCGGGUCACCACACCCACCGUGGUCAAACACAUACGGACAUACAAGCAGAGAGAUCCGGGGAUUUUUGCCUGGGAGAUCCGGGAUAGGCUACUCGCCGACGGGGUUUGCGACAAAUUCAAUCUGCCCUCCGUCAGCUCCAUCAGUCGGAUCCUGCGCAACAAGAUCGGGAAUCUGUCCCAGCAGAGCCAGUAUGAGUCGGGCAAGCAGGCGCCUCACCCACCGCCACAACCAUCGUUACCCUACAACCACUUAUACUCAUACCCGACAUCCAAAGUGCCCACUCCCCCUGGCAUGCCCACCCUUCCCGGACACAUGGCCAUGCACAGGAUAUGGCCUUCCUCGCACUCUGUAACAGAUAUUCUGGGGAUACGAUCUAUUACAGAGCAACAAAUUAGUGACAGUCCAUCCUUUUCCAGCGCCAAACUAGAAGAAUGGAGCGCUAUAAACAGGACUAAUUUCCCACCAGCAAGCUCUCCACUAGUCAAUGGCAUGGAUAAACCGCAUUUAGAACCUGAAGCAAAAUACACACAGACGCCGAAUGGAUUGCCCACAGUGAACAGCUAUGUCACAGCGCCCAGCAUCCCUCCCUACCACCCUCCCACCCAAGUGUCACCCUACAUGGGGUACAGCGCCACCACCUCGGCCUAUGUGACCGGACCCACAUGGCAGCCGGCCAGUGGCAGUGCUCUAUCUCCCCACAGCUGUGACAUCGCCACCCCUCUGGCCUUCAAGAGCAUGACAGCCAACCGUGACGCCAUCCACCCAGUCACUGCCUCGGCGCUGUGAAGUCAGCUCCACAGACUG